AGCUUUCCUGGUACAAGCAUUCAUUUAAAUGGUAAACCUUCAUAUAAAUGUCUAGUUUGAAUCUGCAGAAUUAUCUGCAGAAUUGUGGGAUUUGCCGUUAUCAGCCGUUGAAAACGCGUUUCUGUUUGGUUUAGUGGAGCAGCAUGGAAGCUAAGGCUUCAAACUACCGAAAACCAAUUCCCUCAGCCAGCCAGAGGAAAAAGACAGGUCCGAAAAUCGAACUGACUGAGGAGCAAAAGCAAGAAAUUAAGGAGGCUUUUGAUCUGUUUGACACAGAUGGCACUGGAACAAUAGACGUGAAGGAGCUAAAGGUUGCCAUGAGAGCUCUUGGGUUUGAGCCAAAGAAAGAAGAAAUCAAGAAGAUGAUUGCAGACAUUGAUAGGGAAGGCUCUGGAACAAUUGACUUCAAUGACUUUCUCAGUAUGAUGACACUGAAAAUGAGUGAAAAGGACUCCAAAGAGGAAAUAAUGAAGGCUUUCCGGCUGUUUGACGACGACUGCACAGGAAAAAUCUCAUUUAAAAAUCUCAAGAGAGUUGCCAAGGAGCUGGGUGAAAACCUCACAGAUGAGGAGUUACAGGAAAUGAUUGACGAAGCAGACCGCGAUGGAGACGGUGAGGUCAAUGAGCAGGAGUUCUUGAGGAUAAUGAAGAAGACCAAUCUUUACUGAAGCUGAGUGUUACAGUCUUGUUCCUGGGACCUUUUAAAAGACUGACAUUUGAUUUUCAUCAGAACAGUUUUUACAGUAGCUUUUUGAGACUUGGUUUGUAAAUAAAUAUUUUCACAUUGUAUCUUUGCACAAAACUUUCUACAAUGCAAGUCAAAUAAAUAUAUUUCAUCAUA